GGGAUGGGAGGAAGCCUUCAGCGCCACACUCACUAUUAAUCACUGGGGGCCAUUGUGGUCCCGUCCUGUAAACGGCGCCAGUGCAGGCGGGCGGGCAGGCAGAGAAAGAAGAAGAGGAAGAAGAAGGAAGGCGAGAGGGGGGCAGGGUGGCUGUAGGGAGCCAGAGGAGGAGAGAAUGGUUGGGGAUCAGCCUGUCUGCCCACCUCAGCUCCUGCUGCGGGGCUGGGGAACAGUGCUGCUGUCUCAGUGCAUGUCCUCCGUGUUCUCCCAGAUCCCGGAUCCUGAGCUUCUACCCACAGAUCCCCCGAAGAAGCCAGACCCUGUCACCUCGGAGACCGUUGUGUUCUGGGGGCUGCGGCUGUGGCAGGUCAUCGGCAUCUUCUCGGUGUUUGUUUUGGCAGUCGUUAUCACUCUGUGUUGUAUAUUCAAAUGCCGAAUUCCGAGAACCAAAAAGGAAAUAGAGGCCCGGCAUGCGCAGAGGCAGGCUGCCAAGAAAUACGCCAACACAUUAGAGACAGUGCCACCUCUGAACGAGCUGACGGAGAUCCCAGGAUCUGCAAAAGCGGAAGAAAAGGAGGAGGUGACGACGGUCUCCGGGAAAGUGGACGCCGACAAAGGAGAGAAGAAGACCAAGGAGGGCAAGAAAGAGGGCAAGAGUGCCAAAGAGGGGAAAGGAGAUGAAAAGGACGCGCCGGCAAAGAAGAAGGGCGAAAAGGGCGACUCCAAGAAAGAGGGCGGCGAAGGAAAAGGGAAGAAGUCUGGAGAUAAAGGAGACAAGGGAGACAAAGGAGAUAAAGGGGAGAAAGGAGGCAAAGGAGGAGCUAAAGGGGGGGCCAAGAAAGCUCAGAAGUGAACUCUUCCUGCAAACACUGUAAAAAAAUUUCAUAUUUUUCAAACAUUUUGGGCGCUUGUUUUCUAAAAAAAAAACAAACUUUGUAUGAAAUUAUAUUUAAAAUAAACAAAAAUUGGUCUCACAGAGAAUCACGAGCGUGCCAAGAGUGUCAGAGUACAGUAGAAUUAUAGAUUUAUUGUCUUAUUCACAAUUCACCGAUGAACAUCAGAGACCAGAAAAAACAUCUUCCUACUUUAUCCAAAGGUUUACACUGAUGUCUACAACAUGCCUACGUCACAAUGGAGUCAUGAGAAGGUCAGAGGCGUGUCGGAAAGCACACGCCUCGUCUAGAGACUACCGACGGCUCCACCGAUGUACACUUCAGCACGAGAUAAAUAAAAUGACAAUGAAAUACACUUUAUACUUCCAUGAGAGGUAUUUGUAACAAUAGAAACACAACAUUAGCUCUAUGACGAUUGGCCUUAUUGUACGCUCCAAAAACACAAUCAUUUUUCAUCAUACAAUCAGAACAAAAUACUGUUUUCUAGGGCUUUUAAAGUGCUCAAAUAGAAUUUUUCCAGGUGUUUUCCAAGAUUUUCCUGCUCUGAUGCUUUGAUCCCGAUCUCUAAACCCGGAUGGUAGCGUGGCACGCUCGCUUUGCAAAUUCUGCCAAAUUCCACGAGAAGGGAGAGGAACCUGAAGGCUGCAAGGAUCCAGUUAAAUGAAGUCUUUUUGUGGCAGUGAGCAGCUGUUUCAUCCAGUGGCAGAGGUGUUAUCCAGCCCCGGUGGUGUCCUGCAGACACCUGUGAUUGCUCUUGUAACCCCCCGAUCCCAGAGUUGUUAAAAUGAAAUCACUGCGAUGCUGGUUUUAUUUUUCUAUUAUUUUGCAAAAAGAGCAUGUUAGUCUGUCUCCUGAUGCUUCAUGACAUCACUCCUUCAUCUUUAUCUCUCAGCCACGUGUUCCCACUUAAGACGUAAGUCGCUAAAACUCGCUUACAAAGAUUCAGGCGUAGUCGACACGAAGCUGGGCUUUUAUAAAACUGAAUAUCCUCCCCCCUACUCACCACCUAGUUUUUAGAUAAAAACUUCACCCACAUCUAACCGCACAGGUGUGUUGUUGAGCACAUUCAUAAGCUGCCAAACCUGUAGGUGGCAGUAGUUCCCCAAAUCCUAUCCAAUCAGAGUGAGCUUCCGUGUCUCGACGUCGUAAAAUAAGCGUCCUUAACGUCGCCUGUGUUCUUGUGCAACGGCCACACAGGUCUGAGGGCGUCUGCGCUGUUUCCAAACACAGCUCGCACAUGUGACGUAAGAACAUAUUUUGUCGAAGGCAGUGAAACCUAAAACCCGGUUAUCGAUGUCUACAUGCAGACGGAGGAUUCAUAAAUCUUCACUAUGGUCGGAGGUUUUGAAAGAACCGUUUUUAAUCUGCGUGGACGACAGGACGAAUCGUAGGAAAAUAUCUUGGUUUUGUGAGACACCACAAUCUCAAAAGGUUGCGAAGUUUCCAAAACCUGCUGUUUGUUUUUUACCAAAAUUUAGUGAAAUGUGAACGUCAGUGUGUUUUUUUUUAUACAAUGCAGCUCCAUUGCACAUCGCUGUAUCAGACGUUACUUAGAAGCCAAAUCAUUGUCGGUUUUGGUGUUUUAAUUGGCGAUAAACACGCAGAAUAUUGCUGAGCAUCCUUUAACAUCUUGCACAAAAAGAGACCAGACGGGUUGUAAAGUUGCCUGAAGCUGAGGUAUGAUUUAGUUUUCUUACUUUAGAUUCAGUUUAAGUUGCUGGCGAGACUUUAAAUGUCAGUAAACACACACGUCUUAAGGGCAACAGGUGCUGUGAAACCAGGAAUAAGGGCAGAUUGGGAGCAUGGCUCAGGAGGUGUGAAGGGACCAGAAGAGCGUGACAGGAGGAGGGAUUACAGACCCGGUUCUGCUCCUCAUACAUAGAAAAAGAAUCGGGCCAAAUAUUGGUUGAAUCCAGCAUCACUCACAGCGACUAGAAUUCAAUCUGGAGACUGAGCAAAGUCGAAAAACCAAGUUGAGGAUUAAAAAGUAAUAAGAAUAAUUGCCUUUAAUAUCAGUCCGGUCCCACUAUGAUCUAGAUACUGAAUUCUCGUUUUGCUCUCUGCUGUUCACACGUUUACGGCAACUUUAAGACGAUUCGGUCGCUGUAAACAAGAUAACGAACGCAAAGAAAAACGGCGAUACAACCUUCUCUUUGGUAUAAUACACGACGUGACCCGACCCUGCCGACCGCGCAGGUCGAGUGCGCUAUAUUACAAGUUACAGGGUUUUAAAACAACGCGUGGAAUGCUUCAGUAAAUGCUCGUAUGAAUGCCCUGGAAAUAUACUCGCCAGUUCUGUUUGGGACUAUUUACAUGAUCAGAUAUUUCCAACAUUCCUUAAACAAACACAUUUUUUUAAAAAAAACAUCAAAACAGCUUCAUAACAUAUCCAUUACACAUGAACACUUUUAGCUCACAAUUAUAAUGUCUUUCUGAUCUUUGUAAACAUGUUGACUUGUUUGUAUGUACAUCGAAAAGCAGCACAACAUUGGACCAUCUGUAAAAAAAAAAAAAAAAAAAAAAUAGAGAAAGAAAAAUGACCUUCUGUAUCCACCACAAAUAGCGCUCGUGGAAUUCCAGUCGGGUUUAAGAUUUUAUUGGAUUCCUCGUUUAAUUCGCAUUCCGCUGGAAUAAAUGGCGGCUUCUGAGUUUUUAAAUGGAGUUUCAUCUUGUAAGAACUCGGUAAGAACGUGGUUUUUUUUUUGUUCUUCUUUACCUCAACUCACACUGAACCCAGAGCAGAGAAAGGCAGCCUUCAGAGAAAUAUUCCUACUUUGGCGUUCUUACUUUGGUCGUGUGUUUUGGAGGAGGAAGAAAUUAAAAAUGGAACACGAUACAUUCAUUUUAACUAUUCAAAAAUUCUGUUGAGGAGGGACGAUUACUGGGUCGAUCGAAACAGCAGAAACUGUACAACAUGUUGAAAUAAAAAAAAAA